UCAGACACCGACACCGGCUUGCCUCCACCAAACACCACCGUCGCACAAUCACACGGUCACGGUCUCAUCACACCAAUCAGUGAUCCUGCUCACUUUCCAACAUAUUGCGGCCUCUAACCACAGAGUAUCUGCCGACAUGCCUUGGAAUUGACGGGUUUCCGAACUUACUUUCACUGCUUGCAUGCCAGAACUAGCUCAUCGCCCGCCCACCAUGGACGCAGGCUUCAGAUCAAGCCACAACGCAAGUCAGAUGACAAUGUCAGCAUCACAGUUACUACAGGAUCGGCUAGAGGAGCGCCGGGCGAGGAAUAUGCGGCCCAAGCGGUCGCGUCAGACAGAUCUCGGCCUGAGGAGGUCAGGGCGUGACGACGACAUCUUCCUGACUGCAGGUCAAGACUCUCCCUAUGGAAACGGUAGGCUUCACGCUAGCUCGCCGGUUGCGGCAGGCGCGAGGGUGCCAUCUGAGGCAGGAAGCGGGUAUAGCCGACGACAGUCGAUGGGAGUGCGAGAUAUGGAUGAGCAGCUGGACAGGCUCAGCAAGCAGAACUUCGCGCUGAAGUUGGAGCUUGACCAUAGGAGAGACCAUACUGCUAGGUUGCAGGAGCAAUUAGAAGCCAUGCGCGCGCAGAUUGAGCGUACGGAGCAGCUUGAAGCGGAGCAUGCUGAGUUGCUGCGCAUCAAUUCUGAGUUGGUAGGAGAGAUGGAGAAGCGGGAUAGGGCCGUGCAGGAAGCGGUCGACUACAUCUGCGAACUUGAGGAGAAAGUGACGGAGUUGGAGGAGCGGCGCAACCACACACGACCCUCGACUGGCAACGCUGACUCUGGGUAUGCUGGAACCGAGACUCACGAACAGGCACCGCCUUCUUCGCCGCCCGAAGUGGGUACGAGGAAGCAUUCACCAACAUCUGCUCCAUCUGCUUCAUUGCCAGCAGCAUCGGCAGCGUCACAGCCAUCUUUCAUGAGUCAGAAGAACACCAGCACCCAAGCCUUGCGCAACGCCUACUUGGAGGCGUCACACUCUCUACGUCCAGUACUGAGCUUCAAUUCACUGCUCUCUAAGCGGGAAAGUAGACUUGGAGAUGGUGUGGAAGAUGACCUGCUUACUUCUCCUCGUCUGAGUGUGCUUAGCGAGAGCAGCUUCCCAUCUCUGUACAGUCCGAAGCAGCGGAGUAGCCCGGACAAGUUCGCAUGGGAGGCCGAGGCUGACGAAGAAGACAUGCAGGACUGCUUCGCCCAUUCGAGGCAGGAUAGCAUCAAGCGUGUCAGCCGCUGGAUGGAGGACCGUAAUGUGAGCGAAGAAACGCCAUCUCGCUCGACGCGCGUCACGUCGCCACUCGCGCAACAGCUCGAGCAGGACGUUGCAGAUGUGCCAAGUCGGCAAGGCGAAGCAGGCUACCAGUCUUUGAACGACGCACUCUCGACAGCGACCACGGCGGCGCAACAGCAGUCCUGUGAGCAGCUGCGCUCCGCUAACACCAUGAAACCACGCGCAAGCGAAGCGAGAAAAGCCUUAGCACCACGACAGCAGCGGAAAAUGCCUGGCACUCUCGGUGGACCGGUCUUUGGCGAGCCCCUUCUGCCGCCCACUCCGGACAGUGCGAGUACACAGAUGCUGCGCACAUCAAACUCAAGUAUAGUUGGGGCGCGUGCUUUGCUCGACGACAAAGACAUAGCUGCGGAAAGCCCUGAUGGACAUAGAUCAUCCCUACGUACCACGUCGAAACCGCUACGCUCGUCCGUAGAGCCGAACGGUGCCUUGUUGCGGUACCACAAUCACCAGCAACGCAGUAGCCGACUCCAAACCAAGGACGGAGACUCAAGCUCCGAUGAGGAUGACGACGAUGGAGAUGCGCGUUCAGUGACCGUCAAGGACUUUAGCAUGGACUACGACGGGUUUCCAGACGGCGGCUCCAUCAUUAUGGGCAUGCCGAGCCGCUUCCUGAAGCAUGGCGCUCCGCCAGCAACAGACACGCUGGAUGGAGGGAACGAUCUGUCUGUACAACACAGCACGCCUUGGGCACCACAACGAAGACAAUCAAGUUCCGAUGCUACGUUGAGCCCGCAGAAGCCCGGCCUAAGCCGUGCAGAGACCAGCCCGACAUUCUUCGGCACACUCAGCAGGAUCGUGACAACCGUGUCUCGGCCUACCACGGAUGGUGUUACCAGCCCCAAGUCGUAUCACUCCGGAUCGUCCAGUAACCGCACUGUUGUUGCGGAGGUUGAAGCAGAACGACUCGCGGUGGCGCCGCGGCAAAACAAUCGCUCACAGUCGCGCCUCUCCCGCACUUCUCCUUCCCCGGCAAGGAGCCUCAGUCAGAAGACGCAGAAGUUCUUCCGUCGUAUGUCGAACAAUCACACGGAAAGUGCACGUCAGGGUCGGCUACAGGCUGAGCAAGAAACAUCGCCAAUGACAAUGGUUCCAACUCCGUCAAGCACUGUGCUUGAUCGCGGUGAGGCGACGGGUAAGGGUAGACCAAGGACGAGCGAGGCGCACCAGCCAAUGACCCCUGCAGCUGUAGCACUUGACAGAGCGUCUACGGGAGGCGGAAGGAGACCAUCACUUCAGACUCGAACGCAGACUGAGCCUGUGGCCACGCCCAGACCAAGGACGAGUGAAGCGCAUAAUUCCACGACUGCAGCAGCUGGGUUGGCCGGCGGAGUAUCCAUUGGAGGUGACAGGAGACCAUCACUCCAGGUUCGAACGCAGACUGAGCCUGUUACCACCGGGACAGUCUCUGUAGCUACCAUCGAGCAUCCACACGCCAAUGCUGGUGAGCGCAAGAAUCCGUUCAGGCGGAGCAAUAGCGUUAGGCACGACGCUAAGGCGUCAGUUUCGAUACCAACGCCUCUGGAGGUACAGAUGUCAGUCUCCCGGGGCGCGACCGACAGGCGGAGAGGCAGCGUUAGGGAAGCUGGUACGACUCGGAAGCCUUGGCGGUAGAAGUCCGUGGCGGCUUAGACCGACCUUGCUCGGAUUUUGCUCAGAGCGAGCUUGAAUGUUUGCAGCCUGGCCACCUAAUAGGCGCUGUAGCAUUAUUACGGCUUUCGCCUGUAAUAAUCGUCACUUGUUGUAUACCCAUUCGCUUCGGCAUUGCUCGCCCCAUCAUCCCGCCGAAUGCCGCCGCGCUUCUACCCCGCCAAGCAUGCUUGGACGUGGAGAGAGCGGGGCGCUAUUGUGGAGUGGUGAUGGGU